GCGCAGCAAGCGAGGAGCCAAAUAAUCCAGAAUGAAGACGACAACUUUCGGCCGGGUGGUGACCGGCGUUGCCUUGACUACCAGCGCGGUGGUGGCCUUUGUCCAGGUUCACAACGGCAGGAUUGGCGGAUCUUUAAAGACAGCGGCGGGUUGGGGAUAUUCCAAGACCGAAACCGUUGCCUCGGCCAAAAACACAUACCUCAACCUCGACGACGAUUUGUCGUCUCUCUUGCAGAACGCGAAGACCGACUACAGCGGCGCUGCGUCCAAGGCGAGCGACGCCGCCGCGAGCGCGACGUCUCCCCCGCCCCCCGAUGUCGCCGCUGCCGUUGAACCGGCGAUGAGGGCGACGCAAGAAGCGGCGAUGAAGGCGACGCAAGACGCGGCGGUGAAGGCGACGCAGGCGACGCAAGACGCCGUGAACAACCUGGUAACGGCAACUCAGGCCAAGGUCGUCAUUCCCCCUCCCCCCCCGCUGGAAGCGGGCAAGGCCCGCCCGCUGUUCAGCUUUGUCCGGGCCUCGGUGUCUGGGGAUGCGGCAUCCGCCGCUUCCGGAACGAACUGGGAGGUCACCAAGACCAAAUCGAUCCUGUUGCGCGACAACAUUGUGAGAUUGGCCGGGAAAGAUCCUGCGGAGAUCGAUUUCCCGAAGAUCUCCCUGCCAACGGUGGCCAAGGGACAGGCCGUGGCCGCUGGUUCCGCCGGCAUUGAUUUUUCCGGGUUCAACAUCAAGGCMCUGCAGGAAUACUCCGCUACCCUUUCCCCCAACGAACAAGGAUUGGCCGCAUUGGCGGCCACCGGAAUGCUUUUGCUCGUUCUUGGAGCCGCCAACAAGGGCAACGACAAGCCCAAGACGGAAACGAUGGACAUCGCUGCUUCCUCGGAUGCGAUCGGUGGCCUUACAGACGAGCUGGUAAGUGUGUGCAAUUGGUUUUGGUGUUUCUGCAAUGUCACUAUGCGAUGGUGUUGGUGCGAUUCCGAUCCACAAAGCGUUGUUGAGCAGCGGGGCACUUGCUCAACACUUUUGUUUCUGCUUUCCGUCUUUCGAAACAACAGCUUGCCUUGCAGAGCCGCAUGGAGGCACUCGAAGCCAACGGCAUCGACCUCGAUUCCCAGCUGAAGGACGCCAAGGAAAAACUCACGCAGAAGGAAUUGGUCAUUAGCAAGGCAAAGCUCAAGGCAGCCGACGAUUCCCUCAAUCUCAACCGCGAAAUCAACUCGUUGAACCAAAAGAUUGCGGCAAACAAGGGAAAGGUGAAGGAUAUGGACAUUGAGCUUGCCAAGGCGCGACAGGAGUGCCGUGCACUCAUGAGGGAGCUGGAGAGCGCUAGGGUGGAACAAGAGAAGGCGCAGAAGGCAGAGGAAGCCAAGAAAAAACUCGCAGAGAAAAAGAAAAAUACCGAGGAAGCCAAGAAGAAGGCUGCCGAAGCAAAGAAAAAGGCCGCGGACGCCAGGAAAAAGGCUGCCGACGACAGAAAGAAGGCCGCAGAAGAAAAGAAAAAGGCCGUGGCAGCAAAGAAGGAGGCCGAGAAAGCAGCGAAGGAGGCGAAACUGCCCGAAGCAUCUGCAGCUGCGCCAAAGAAGGCUGCUCCAAAGAAAAAGGCUGCUCCAAAGAAAAAGGCUGCUCCAAAGAAAAAGGUUGCUGCACCCAAGAAAAAGGCCGCUGCUCCUAAGAAGAAGGCUUCGCCUCAGAAAAAGACCGCGGCACCCAAGAAGGCCGCUGCGCCUGCGAAGAAGGCUGCUGCACCAAAGAAGGCCACGGCACCCAAAAAGGCGGCGAAGGCUGAUGAACCAUUUUUCGCCAAGACGAAAGCCCCCGCCGCUGAAGCCAAACAAGAGGCACCCGCAAAGAAAACGGCUCCAGCCCCCAGCACGGGCGAUCUCACUACGCUGACCAAGUCGGCGCUGUCGAGAACAACGGUAAAAGACUUCAACGCAUUUCUGACGUCGAAGGGAAUCUCAACCGUGGACAAGGACGGAAAGCAACUGAAAAAGGCCGAGAUGAUAAAGGCGGUCAAUGCGCUUUCAAAUUAAUGGCUAAGUGGAUUUCAAUGCAUCGGGGUAGAUCAUUGUUCAUAACAUACAUAAAGCAAUCGUUCCGUA